CCUGGGAAACGUCGUCGGAGCGCCCCCUGUGCAAAGUUAGGCAGAGGCGUCACUUGGAAGAAGAUCAACUCUAAGCAUGCACCGGCAGCUGCUGCUCCUCCUUAUCCUGGGAUUUGGGUGUCUUAUUGAAUCCGCUGACGUCUUCGAGUUUCCUGACCUCAGUCGGCGUGUACCUGAAAAGUCGUCCGCACCUGGUUGUGCAUACAAAGGUGAAAGAUAUGCACAUGGUGAGAGAGUCGAAACUCCAGAGCCCUGCUUAAACUGCACGUGUAUUCGAGCUGUACUAGUUUGCUACUUGAGAGUAUGUCCUACAGCAUCGGCGCCUCCACCUGGAUGUUUCCCAGCAAGGGAAGUAGGCGAAUGUUGCCCAUCCUUGGUCUGCGGUGGCGAAGAUUUAACAAAACCACGCAACCAAUCAGAUUCGGUUCCUGAGCUUAGACCAACAUUUCAGCCAACUCCCGUUGAAACAACAACACAAACGGAAGAAGAUAGUUUAGUUUACGUUUCUUCUACUCAAGAUGACGAUAUCACACUUUUCAACGACAUCCCUGGAGGAUGUCUGGUUAAUGGAACUCUGUACGGAGAUGGUUCAGCUAUGCUGUCAAAUUCUUUCUGCGAAUACUGCUUCUGUAUCCGUGGAAAAACAACUUGUCUUCAACCAAAGUGCAACUUGUCCAUAGAUGGAUGCACUCCUCAUUACGAUACUCGUUUUUCUUGCUGCCCGUCCAGAUAUGAUUGCUCUGAAAGGAUAGCGAUUAAAGAAGCAACUAAAGCUACGGAAAAAUCAACAUCUACUCUACCUACUACAAUUACGGAUAUACCAGAAAACUCUGCUCAUCAUUCCACAUGCAAUAUUGACGGUCAAGUUUACAAUCAAGGAGAAAUUGUUCCAGACUAUCGUUCCUGUCAUAGUUGCUAUUGCUCCGACUCCUCUGUAAUAUGUGAAAGGAUUACGUGUUCUCCUCCAAUAGCUGGCUGUCAACCUAUAAUCCCUGAAGGCCAUUGUUGCCCAGUGUCGUAUAGAUGCGAUUUUCACAGUGGGGACCCAGGAAAAACUAGUACCAAAAUUGUGAGAGUAAACGGCAGCAUUCAACCAACUGAAAACAAACAAGAAGAUAUCAAAGGGAUAAAACAUUUAGAAUUUGCCAAAAAUGGUUCACUUGAUGCUUCAGAUGUAAAAACUAAGAACACGAUGGUAGAUAAAGAUUUAACAGCUGUAUACCACAACAUCAUUCCAGUGCAUAGAAGACUCGAUGAUGAUAGCAUACCAUUCAUUUUCAAUUCAACAAUUGCAACAUUUUUAUCAGAUGAAGAUACUCAAAGUACAACGGAUGAAAGAAACGGGACUAGUACCACUCCUCACAUCCGUGAAAAUGAUAAAACUCUGAAUUUAGAAUUAGAUCUUGAAGUAGAAAAAGGUACAGUUGACUAUAACAGACAAGUACAUCCCAGCGUUUCUACGCAACCACCUACAGAUAGAAUAACAGUCAAUGACUACAAAGUAAAUGACACUAUACCAACCGUAUCUAUUGGUUCACCAGAAGUGCAGACAAUGUCCAUUCAAGAGCUUUUUGAACAGUUCUUUUCAAGACAUCCGGUGAACUCAGACAGUAAACCCGAAAAAUUUAAUUUCGAACCAAAAAGGAAUAAUUCAAAACAGCCAUCAAAUAUAAUAAACAUAUUUGAUUCAGAAACAACUAAACCAACAAUGAGUUCUAUAGAAGAGAUUAAUACAACUUUAAACAACGGCUUAAAUUAUGAUUUCAAUAGUACUUCUCAUGAAAUAUCAACUGAAACAACUAAUUCUGAGGAAAUUUCAAGCACGCAAACACUUUCAACAGAAGAUAAAAAUAUCAAUCAGACACUGCCAUUUGCGACAGAUUAUUUGGAAGAAAUCAAAAGCACUGGUUUCGAAGCUGAAGAUUUCAAUGACAGUAGUUUUAUAAGUGAAUUACCAAAAGUUGAUUUAACUUUAACUACUUUAUCUACUACUAAAAAUGCAAAUUUAUCGAAUUUUGAUAAACAUUUUCCUACCUUAAGCACGUUUGCAGCUGAGAAGUCUGCGGUUACCGCCAUAGAAGAAAGUACACUUAUGAACUCAGAAGAAAGUACGGUUAUGGAUUCAGAAGAAAGUACGGUUAUGGAUUCAGAAGAAAAGUUUCCUAAUCGUACGAAUGACAAACUACCCUCUUUAUUAGAAAAUGCGAAUGAUAAAAAUGAUUCAUCAUCAAAUUCCUCUUCCUCAGUUGCUAAUGAUUCGGUAAUUAACCUGUAUCUUCCAUCAGAAAUGAGUGAUUUUAAUCCCGAAGAAGGAGGGUCAGAUUUUAUGAAUAUAGGUUCUAUUUAUUUAGGAGCACCUAUGUCUGUUGCUGGAUUAGAAAAAAAGAUAGAUAUGAGGCAUGAUAAUAUUAAUGAUGAUAAAAUCGUUGAAGGAGAUGGAGUUUUAUUCAUGGAUCCAAAAUAUUCUGAUAUUAACCCAAUUAUACGAGAAGAAAUUGAUCGUUUAAUUUUAGAAGGAAGACACAAGAUGGAAAAUGCAUCUUCAAACCCAUACACUCCAACCGAAGCAUCAGAUAGUGAAACUGGAUACUAUGAUAAAAGAAAAGAACCUCGAAUUCAAGAUGCAUUAAAUCUGUCAGUUGCAGGACAAGGUUAUAAAAUCAUCCCAUUUGUAGCAGAGGAUGCCAUCCGAGGGCAGUUUGGGAAUCAUACCCUCAUUGUAAACAAAGAAACAACUCAAGGACUUCCAGACAUCGUUUCAGAUUUCUGUUUCAUCAAGGGCCGUAUUUACACAAAUGGGGAAAUGAUUCCAAAGACAGAUCCCUGUGAACUGUGCCGCUGUUUCUACGGACAAGAGCUUUGCCAGCUUCAAAGAUGCCCAACGCCUCCGGAUUGUGUUGCUGAAAAUUUACCCGGCUUUUGUUGCCCUCGUUUCACUUGUGGUAAAAACUCCAGCUCUAGUGAGCAACAACCUAACAAGCAAAGGAUAUCAUUUAACAAACAAUCGAAUUCUGAGAUCUUUAAUUCUACUAAAAGACCAGAAAUACAUGUUUCAGAAAAAGAAAAGCAGUCAGAAGUGAAGUAUGGUAUUCGUGUUCGUACUCGACCUACUCAUGUUCCAGGACCAACUAGACCUGCCCUCCAUCAAGCUGCAACAACAACCACCAAACCAGAUACUAAAAGAUCCACUACUAGAUCAGAUCAUACAAGAACAGCAACAAGUAGGACAUCAGACUAUGUUCAACAACCAACCAGCAGUACAGUCGCUCCUCAAGUAACAACUAGCAAGACGGCAGAGUACGUACAAGCAACAACUAAGAAAACGCCAGAAUACUUUCGAGCAACAACUAGCAAAAUACCUGAACAUAUUCGAACAAAAACUAGCUGGCCGUCCGAAUAUACUAGAGCAACAACUGGCAAUAUGCGAUUCAACCCCAGUAAGAGACCAGACUAUGUAAGGACAACCACUCAAAAGCCUGAAACUAGCAGCAUAAUUACAAGCGCACGUCCUGUUACUACCUCUAGUACUACCACAACACAUACUCCUCUUUUUCCAGAUCCAUGGGGAUUAUUUAAAGUAUCUGGUUGCAACAUCUAUGGCAAAUUUUUCAAUAUCAAUGAUCAAGUUGAAAUUUUAAGUGGUCCCUGUAGCCAUUGUAUAUGUACAGCUAACGGAGUUGAAUGCAAUGAUAUUUGUUAAGUUUAGAGUUGAAACUUCAUAGCAAUGCAUAAACUAUGGAAAUCAUGCUUUAGUAUUUGUAAUGCAUAGUGAACUCCUUAAAGCGUCAGUGCAUUGUGCAUUUUUUCAUAAUGCUCAUUAUUAAUAUUUCUAAGGAAAACCAAUGAACUACUGGAGCCAAAGCGAAUAACUAGCUGUUUUGUCUAUGUUUUUAAACUGUAAAUAAUGGUCUUGUGAAUGUGAAUGUAAGAAAAAUAAAGAUUUAUAUGAAAAA